AGACAGAAACUUUUCACCAGGGUUACACAAAAGUGUUUGUUUUAGAAAAUGAAUUAUCUGAACAUUUGAUUAAAGACAUCAACUUUCAUCAAGAAACGCUGGAAUAUAUUGAAGAGGGUUAUCCAUCAAGUAGUGAUAUGCUAUAUAUAUCUUACUUUCAUAUACAAAAAAAUGUGGAGAAAUACUGACCAGAUAUACGGACAAUUGUUCACUGAAAAUUGAAAAUCUAUCAAUUUACGUUCGAGCCGAAAAAAGUGUAAUUGCAUGUAGAAAAAUAUCCACCAUAAACAUUAAUGCUCUCGGACUUAUCAUUAAAGAUGAGAAACAACGACAAAAAAUGAUGUCAUAUCACCGUUCAUCGGAACAGUGAAACCCUGCGCACUAUACAGAGCAGUUUUCUCUGAAAAUUACUCCAUAGGAGUUCAGUUACAGGGAGGAUAACCUAUCCGGUGCAUUAUCAACAAAAAUAAAUACCGUAUAAUUAGCAUGGUGGUGAUAUCACUGAUAGACUAAUACGACAAUUUUUGUAACAAUUAUUUGAGCUACGGUGAUCUCUUCCGGUACGGGCAUAUCACACUCCCAACACAAAGACUUACCUGCCGUAAAAACAUCAACCUGCUGAUAAUAAUAGAAUUGUCGUCUAUAAACUUGCGCAACAAGUUAGCUGUAUCCCGUCUUUUGUCUGCCACGCGCAGCAAGGUCAGGUUCUGAAAUCCACACCUUGUUUUAUGUGUGAAUGUUUUCAACACAAUGUGAAGUUUAACUUUUUAAGGUAUACUUUACUCUGUGUUAGUUUGAGCCCAAUAUUUACGACAAGGCCAGAAGAUAUUCUACCUUAGUGUACUGUGACUGUUUAAACUUGAAAGGGAUAUUGUUCAAAAAGGCAAGAGUGCAUUUAUUUGAAGGCCGUAGUUUGUUUGAAUGUUUGGAACGACAUUUAACAAAAUAAUCUGAAUGGAAUCGGACCAUGUUUAUAUUACACAGAGCUAAGGACCUGUAGAGGGAGGGAUUACAGCUGAUUGUGAUAGUCUUCGGAGUUUAAUCAUAACACUUAGAUAUAAUGGCUCUUCAAGAGUGAAUUAAGUUUCACAAGUUUUGUACAACUGUUUUAUGAAUGGUUAUCUGAAACAGUGAUUCAGACUUGUUUGGAAACCCAGUCUCCCCGCACCUUAGAAAACUUUUCUAUCAAUGCUGGGACUUAACUACACAAUUGACCUGUAGAUCUACUUGUAAUUUCUCAUAGUCUCCUAUAGUCAACACACUGAACACAGCAGUGUGGAUGGGAUCGGAAUUAAUAAUUGACCAUUUCACAGGAGGUCAAUGGAAGGAUUUGGCCAUUGACUGGUCAGAAAUACAAACAAAGCUAUUUGGAUGAAACUGGAAUUCGUAAACGACCAUUUUGGGUCUGACAGGAGGUCAAUAAGGAUUUAAAGAACCUGUCAUACAGUUAUUGACCACAGGCAAGCAGCCACUGUUUACACAUACAUGUCCUCGGUAGCCGUCUGCCGAUGUGACAUUACAACAAUAUUAUAAAGACCGAUUAAGUUCCGUAUGGAAACAGGAAUAUUUGUAGAAGCUGAACUGUCCUUAUGACAAUUUUGGGUACGGAAAUGAUCUCUACAGUGUAUUUCUAGACUGAAUUUCAGGGGUGUCUAUUAUAUGAACACCAGGGGUAGCCAUUGAGAGAGGCGUCUGGGUAGUGUCAGUGUACUCGGAAACUGUUUGAUCCCAAUUCUGUGCUUAUUAAGUCUGAUAUCUUUGACAUAAAUUGUAUGGAGUUUUAUAAAUGUGCAGCGUAGCGUGUCUGUCCUUCCCUGAUUCAAUCAGACAAGUAUGGCGAUGUAGGCAUUUCAAGGAAAUUACGUCUUACAUAAAAGAAAUGCAUUUAUCUGGAUUUAUACAAAUACCUUGUACAAAUCUUUGACAUAUCUUAGUGAUGGAAAUAGUCAACAGUUUAGUAAGUGUAUAGAAAUUACUUCUCUGAAGCGGAAUUUGACGAAAAAGGAUCUGUCUCUUUAUCAUCGCUGCUGUGAUUUGCAAUCAAGAUGCCAAAGAAACCUAAAAAGGCCAAAAUUCUGGCUAAACAGUUGACUCGUCAGACAUCUACUCCUAUCAUGUCGGUGUUUAACAAGAAGUCAAAGGCGAACUUUUCUCACCACCCACACUCUGCCUCGGAGAUCUUCGGAAUAGAUACAGAGGGUGUAGCCAGAGAACCGAGCCCUCCCAGUGGAGGUAGCCGGCCUACCUCCCCCAUCAACAUGAUCAUCCCCUUGUUGGAGUAUGGCUUCUCCUGGCCGAGGAGAAAGAGUCCGUUUUCGAAAUCAUCAAACAAAAAAACUGUUGUUGAAAUAGCUUCGCCAGACAGUGGAUGUCCUGCUUCUCCAAUCAACGAGAACGAUUUGUACUCGGAGAGUUCGUUAGAGAAUGGGAGUUGUCUCACCUUUACGUCACGUUCCCCGGAAUGUUCGUCCCCCUCCAGUGACAAAGAAAACGCUUUACCAGACAUUGAUGCUGUUAUUGCCUCGCUCGAUGAUGUCAUCGAUGAGGAAGAUAGUGACGAUGAUAUUCCCGGUGUUGGAAAUCUGAACAAACAGAAAAGUUUGUCGGACACAGCUGUCUCUACAAAUGAAACGAAAAAAGAUUUUUUCAAAGAGGCUGAUCAAGAUACUUUGGAUGAGAAUGAGAAAAGAGAUGUUUUGAAUGAGCUAUCUCCAAUCAAUGGAAUUAUCAAAGAAGGUAGGGGAAGUAACUCUAAACGUGUGAGGUUUAGUCUCGAUCAUCAGCCACUUAGGAAGGCCAGGAGUUUAGACUUCAUUAAAAAUAUGGUUGUUCAAGAACCGUGUUCUUGGGAUGUAACUGUGAAAAUGAUUGACAUCCAGCCGGGUGGAGAGGAUAGCGAGGAAUCGUUGUGUACGGAGAUGGAAUCAUUCAACAUACAGGUAUGCCAUCAUCCUCAAUGUACAGAACCCAAUGGUAACCAGCCUCUUCUGCUGUGUAAAGAAUGUGACCGCACCAUUCAUGGAAACUACCAGUUCAGUGGACAUCUUGUUCUGGAUGCCCCGAAGAAAAAGCCAGGUCUGGGUAUCAUGCCACGUGGGAUCUCGGCUCCGACCCUGCCGCACUUCGAUGGUAACCACAGCGACUCGGAAGCCACAGAAUGUCAUCCUGCAGGGGAGGAGGACAUGGAGGAGAAUACAGGCAAUGGCGGGGAGGGUGGAGACACGGUGGAUGGCAUCUACAUGAAGAAACAAGAGUUCGGGACUUUGCCCACUGCCGCGGAGAUGAAGCUGAAACGAAAGAAAGCCAUGAAAUUAAAAAGACGCCAUACAGAUGAUGGCCAACACGUCAGUACCGCGUCAGUUGACUCAGAUGAAUCGGAGGACAGUGACCAAGGUCAAGGUCAAUGUCAAGAUAAUAAUGACAUUAAAAUUAAACAUUCCCGGCGCAAAUCAGAAGAGCUUCAGACAGGAAGUCAAGUGACUUUCAACCGGCAAACUUCAUCCAAGAGCGUCGUCAAUGAAGAGUACUUUACUGUGACUUUCGGCAAGAAAAACAAGGACAUGGAGAUUGUGGCUGCCAUAAAAGGCAUCAGUCUGAGGUUAGCCUUGACCCCGAUUCUGGAGAGACGAGGUCGUGAUAUUAAUGGAAUCAACGUGUUUGUGGCGGCCUCCAAGACACCCCUACCCCUGGACUGUGAAUCUUUUUUGCUCGGAGGUAACACCCUCAACAUCAGAGAAAAGGAAGAUGGCCUUCUGGGUAGCAAGUCCAUAAACAACCGAUCUGGAGGUGGAAACAAAGGUCAAAGUUCAAAGGUCACCAAGAACUCUGGGAUGAACCGACGAGAGUCCUUUUUUGGGCGUGCUCCCGCCAUAACACUUGAACCGCCCCCGGUUAAACAAAGGAGGAAUUCUCUGUCAUUUCCAUUUUUCGCCCACCCAACUGUCAAGAACUCGGGUGAUGGCCCUGGGAAAGUGAUGGAAGAAAUGGGGAGCCUGAGGGGACGAACCAGGGUUAUGAACCUCUCCAUUGAUGACACUAGCCUACCUAUCCACCCGGGGCUGUCCGCCUCCAUCUCCCCCCAGGGCACCAUCGGCUACAGUGAGGGCAAGAAGGUCAAGGAGCGAUCAAAACUCACCAGCCUCCUCAGCCCCAUGUCUAAGGACCGGGAGAAGCAAGAACAACUGAGCGACCUCCUUAACAACUACAGUGUUAACAUCCCUCCAAUGCCAGACCUUCUCACUCUGGGAAGACCAUCUUUCAGCGAGGAAAUCUUUGAAAUCGAACCACAUUGGAGUUCACUGGUGGACAAUGCCUCAUCCCUGACGAAAAGACAACAUGACCAACAGGAAGCAGUGUGGGAGCUUCUACAGACAGAGGUCUUCUAUAUACGGUCACUACGGGUCAUUACUGAUCUGUUCAUGUGCUGUCUCAUCAAUCUUCAAAGUGAACAAUUAUUGAACGAGAUUGACACGGAGCGACUGUUCUCCAAUAUCGGGGAUAUAGCCUACACAAAUAGCUCUUUCUGGGAGAAUUCACUGUCCAAAGUAUUACAGAGUUCAAGGCAGUCUCGUCUCCCCCUCAAUCCCUCAGACAUGAAAGAGGGCUUCAAGCAGUUCCCUGAUCUGUUGAGUCCCUACACGAAAUAUUUCUCCGAGCAGAAGGCUUGUGCCGACUACAUGAAGAAUCGAUAUAGUGAAAACGAGUUAUUUAAAACUUUUGUGGUGUGGGCCGAGACACAGAAACAGUGCAAUCGUCUGAAGUUGACCGACUUGCUGGUCAAGCCAAUGCAGAGACUGACCAAAUACUCCCUGCUGCUUCAGGCUAUAUUACGUAAAACGGAUGAUGAGAAACAGCGAAAGGAUGUCCUGGAAAUGAUUGCCAGUGUGGAUCGAUUUGUCUUCCAAGUUAACGCAUCACUAAGACAACGACACGAACAGGAACGCCUCGCCACCAUAAUGACGAAAAUAGAAUCAUACGAGGCUGUGGAGGCACCUAACGAUGAAAGCUUAAAGUAUCUACAGGAAUAUAACAACAACUUUGACCUGCGGGCCCCCAUGCCGGGUUGUGCCGGAGGUCAGACUCGCUCACUCAUUAUGCAGUCAGUGCUCCGCCUCAAAGACUCUCAGUCACGGUUGGACGUUGAGUGUCUCUUGUUCACUGACCUCUUCCUUAUAUGCAAACCCAGUAAAAGGAUGGAGAAGUACAAAAUUAUCAAGGCCCCUAUGAGAGUCGACCGGAUAAUCACACAGGAACUUAAGGACAAGGGGAGUUUUCUGAUGAUUUACCUGAACGAGUACCACGUACCUGUGUCAGCAUUUACAUUCCACGGCGAUCAAGCUGCUGUCAGAGUGUGGCUGGAACAUAUACGAAAAGCCCAGGCACUAUAUCGUGAAAUUCGUAACCCGACACAGGGUUCCAAUAGUUACUCUUACCUGUCUGGGGAACUGGUGGAGGAGCAAGUGAUCAAUGUAACGCCCAUCUCACCCCUCCCCUUGGACCAACCUGAUGUCGUCAUGUCGCGCUCGGCUGGCAAUGAUCCUGCAGGUCAACACUUCCUGUUUCCUAACAAUGCCGCUGGUCAAUCUAGCCCUGGGCGCAUAUCACCUAUGAGCAACGAACCGCAAUCUCCCACACCUUAUGUCAGUCAUCCACGCCCCGCAAAGUCUCACAGUUACCAUGGUGAUGAACAGCAUCACAAACAUGUGCAAUCCUCAAACUCUGUGCCAAGUUUCGUUGACAGUAUACCUGACGAUGACCGAUUACAUAUUCCGCACUCGACAGGGUCAUCUGCCAAUAGCGAUUCUUCCCUACCAGAUAUUGUCGACGAGAAUCAAAAGGUGAAACUUAGUCAACGAAGGUCAUCACGCAAUGGAAGUCGCUACAUCACUGCAGAUCAUAUACAGGACUUGAAUAAAGACGAUAAAGAUACCAGCAUUCAUAAACGUCUCUCAUGGAACUACGGUACUUCAGACAAUGAUGAGAGACAAGGUGUUCUGAAAACCAAAACUCAAAGUUCGGACUCUCUCAGGAGUAUACAUAGCUCUAGUGGUGUAAGUUCGACAGGAUCUCUACACCUCAGUCCGGAGGAGAUGGAGUAUAGUUCCAAUAACCACGGUGAUAUUUGUACAAUUCAUGAGUGUAGGCAUGACGAUUGUGAUGUUAAUGAAUUGCACCGGAAUUCUGAGCAAAACGACAUAUCCACGUUGUUUCAGGCCAUGUCGACGAGCGAAAUCAAUCAGGGUAUUGUGUCUGUAGACCUGCCUUCUUUCGAGAAAAAACUCACGCAUGCGCAACUGAUGAAAAUGAAGAAACAACUCCUUCUUUCUUCCAAUGUAGAGGCCAGUGAAGUAUGAUUGCAAUAUGGAGAACCUGUCAACGCCGUCUGUGAUUAAUUCCUCAAUUCCUGUGCUUUCCUUUUUGGUUUGGUGAACGAGUGCUUUACACAUUGUGAUGUACCAAAGGUUGUGAAUGGCUGCAUUAUUAUUCUUGGUAAUGAAACAAAGGGUGUGAUUGGUCAAAAUGUUUGAGAACACAAUCACAUGUCAAACUGACAUAAGGAAGAGUAUGAUCGGCUGAAGAGUUGAGCCGUAUUAAUUCAGCCCGUGUCGUUCACAGCUUAAAGUGGCUGGAUUACACUUUGUGAUACGAAAAACGGAAAUCCGUCCCCAAAUAUCUGGCAGGAUCCUGGGACAACCGGACAGGAAGUGUAUGGAUUAGGGAGGUCCGAAUUACUGGCAUGUGAUUAUAUAAUGUACCAAAGGAUCUGAUUGGCUGUAUGCUUUACCCUAAGGAGAUAGGGUGUUGAAUGUGAUUUCCUAUACAUGACAAUUAUGUAAACCCAAAUGUGAUUGGAUGUCUUGUGUACAGCAAGAUGUUAUGUGACUUGUGAUUGGUUGAUGAGAUGUUAGUGAUGUUUGGAAGGUUCUGAAGACUGUGUGGAAGUAAAAAAAGUCGACAUUCCAUUUGUGGGGAUCAGGUGUCCAGAGUAUAUGUUGAUAUCAGGCCCGUGGAUAAAAGGCUGUAAAGAUCUGAAAGUGAACUAUAAAGUCAAAUUCCAUAUGGUGAACACCUGGCUAUCAUGUUGUUUACCUGUGUCACACCCGAGUUAACCUGUAUCACAUGCAAUUUGCAAUAUGACACCUGUGUUUGUACCUAUUGUGGCUUAACUAUCAUAAAGUCACAUCCUCUGUUGGCCUAUAUCAAGUGCUGAAUCAAGGGUCUAUACUCAAUUUUUUGUACCAAUAUAUGUUAAUAAAGGUACAAUUUCCCACAUUUCUGUUAAAUCCGGCAAUGUAUGGAGGCUAUGCUGAUAUUAUGAAUCUUCUGGUGGCUACCCGGAUCGUUCCAUAAAUUAAGGGGACAUAACUCAAAUAGUUUCUGAUGGUUCUUCUGAUCUGGAUGCUACUUUGACGUUUCCAUUAAUCAAGGAAGAUUUUUAUCAGAGGACAUAACUCUGAUAUUUCCCUGUUAUUCAGAGGGGAAAUAACUCUGUGAUGUUUAUAAAACCAGAUGGUUUACCUUUGUUAUUCUCAUAUCAAUAUACGCGAGUCUUUCACGCACGCCCCCAGAUGGUACGUAAUGUCCAUGACUCGAUCACAUGGUGACGUAGAUUGUUCACUCUUGUUGGGCUGAAAAUACCUCCGUACCUCAUAUGUCUCACCACUGUUAUCUACUCUGUGAUUGGUUGGUUAUAUUUAUCCAUUAUCUUAUAGGUGUAAAUUUUGUACUUUCUCUAAACAAAUUAAUAACUUACCCGAGUACCCGGAUGUAACAUUGUUAGUUAUGUAAAAUGUAUAUGCAGAUCUACUUAUUAUAACGUAAGCACUUUGUAGAUCUGUAAUUAUAUACACUGGUACCACGAUGUGGAUCUAUACGUCUCAGUAGUUAAACAAUACAUAAUAAUUAAGGAUGUGUGCUAUACUUAAGAUUAAGGGUGUAUGCUACCUAAUACAUAUUUUACCUGUGAUGAGUUCAUCUUAUCUCCCUUUGAAAAACCAAUAGAUCCUCAGAAUUAUUUCCCUGUUAUCAGUGAACAGUUACAUGCAUUUAUGUGUACAUUUAAGAAACAGUAAAACGUAAAACUCUUUAUUUCAUCUGGUCGGACUUUCAUGAUAUUUUCAGUGGAACUAAUUCAGGGAAGUUCAAUUUAUUUAUUUUCCAAUUACCGGUACACUGUCAAUAGUCAUAAAUAACUGUCAUAAGUAUGUGAAACAAAUUUGUUAAUCUCUUUUUCAAACUCUUAAUCAAUGAAUGUAACAAAAAUUAAACCACAGUUUUUCAUAAGAAAAUAUAUUACCACUUUCUAAAUGGAGAGCUCUUUUGUAAAGAAGUUACAUAUUGUCAUCACUGUCAGGUGGUAUACAUCCUUAAACUUGCCAAUACAAUGUGUAACAUAUUAGGUCUAACCUGACUGCAGAUUUUUGAAAAAAAUGAAUUCAGAUUGUCAUUUAAGGAUUCUUACAUAUGAACUGGUCACACACAGCAUUUGCAUUCAUUUCACUCCAGAAUAAAAUGUUUACGAUCGAUUCAAAUUAUUUCAAUCUGAAGUUAUUGGAAAAAAAAAAUUAUGACAAGGAUUCACUGAAUUUAAUGAACUUUUUACAUGUCUCCCAGAAUGUAUGAGUACUGGUAACUGAAUUAUAUCACUCCAGUAUAAGAUAUUGAAGUUUCUGUUUGAACUUAAUGGCAAAAUCACAACCAAGAGAUGCUUAACAUAUUAAACUGUUUACAUGUCUCUGAAUUUCUCGGUAACGGAAUCUCUUGGAAGUGACCUGGUGUGCGUAAUCUGUCUCAGUGUUGGAGUUGACCACCAUUCUUACCACCACGAUGUUGUCUGGGAGCCCAUUAUAACAUACGGUACAUUGCAUGGUAAUUGUCUCCGAUAUCGUAGAUUUAAACUCAUAAUUAAAAGAUUUCACAAUGCUUUUUCUCUGAAUUGUGUAUGACAGGAAAUGAACGGUGAAUUUAUAUUAACCAGUAGUGUAUUUGGGUUAGAAGCAUGGAAUUCUGAGUCGCUGGUACCGUGAGUGAUUAUAAAUAUUCAACUAAGUCGAAUUUUGCAUAAAAUCACUAAUCCAAAAUCUGAUUGUAUCAACGAAAUGGUCUGUAUCAGACGGAUAGUGAUGUCAGAUUGUCAUAGAAAGUGUAGAUCAACUCAUGCAGUACCAUAAAACCUUGUUAUACUGCCACUAUUUGCCUAGAGAAAUAUGGCAUUAUUUUUGGCAAUGAAUUAAGGCAAAGUUAUAAAGGCAUUCUUAGAGAGGAAAAAAAGAGAAAAAAUGGCAUUAUAAAGAGUUUGAUGAUAACCUUAUAAAGGCAUUCUUAGGGGAAAAGAAAAAUGGCACUAUGAAGGUGUUUCGCAAUAUUUUGAAACUUAGAAAGGCAUUCUGAAGAAAAACGAGACAGAAAAAUGGCACUUUAAAGGGGUUUGGCGAUAAUUGAGGGAAAUGAAUAAAGAAAAUCUUCAGAAAUAAAAGAGUGGAAAAAUGGAUCCUGAAAUAUCUUGGCAGUAACAAGCAAGGUCACAAAUGGAACAACGGGCAUUAUAACAAGGUUUUACUGUAUUUUCUGAAAUGGAAUAUCUGUUAGACACCUGAAAGUAGAAUUUUGUAAACCGAGGAUACAGAUUUUAACUGAAUAUCAGUAAGGUAUUAAAACCUUGCGCAAAGUAUAUGUUACAUUACAGUAGUGUUAAUAUAAAACACAAGUGCUUUCAGGAUUUGUAUAGAUCUGACGAAUUUGUAGCGUAUCGUCUUCCUCGUCGUACAUAACGCAGGAACAAAGAUCUGAUUUAUAUAAGAUGGUGUAUGAUCUGAUGUUUUAUUCCAAUCAAACAGAUUUGGUGAAGUUAGGAGGCGGACAACAAAGAGCCGAUUGCAGACCAGAAAUUGUAUCUGUGAUAUCAACUCAUGUUAUAUCGAUAUUAACUUCAGGGCAAUGAAUAUAUCAAUUGAUAUAGAUACAGGCCACAGUUCUGUUUUUAGAUUGAUUAACCAACCCUGCCAGGGGUUUUAACAAAAACGAAUGGAAGUUUGUAUUUUCAAGAUCUGCAUGUUUUUUUCUCUCACAAAAUGUUUUGUUUGCAGAACUCCCUCAUUUGUCUUCAUUAAAAUUGUUGUUUUUACCUCCUGUUAAUUGUCUUAAAAAUUCUUUAAUAACUGAACCAGAAAAUUCAAAUAGAAAGGUAUUUUUCCUCCCUCCAACUUUUUUCCACCUUUUCUUCCUAUACAUCUAGUAUCCCUCUAUUAGAAAAAAUAUUUAAAAGUGGGCCUUAUUUUCUAAUUACACAUAUCAACUUGUUGUAUGCAAAUUAUAAUUUUAAAAUUUGUUAAACUGUCAAAUGUGAACAUUUGUUAUUUCUGCAUGUGGAUCAGAUCAAGCCAUGCAACAACUACCUAUUUAUGAAGAAACUAAAUGCAAUUUUAAAUUUCCAUCAAGAUCUGGAUUGCUCUUUUGCGUAUGUCUACCUUUUUCACUUAGCAAAAUGCUGGGACUAUGCAAAUGGUCAAAAUAAUAUCUUGAUUUGGUUUAAAUAUUUUUCAAUUUAUUUUUGGAUAAAAAUAUAAUUUCAAAAGAUUUAUCAUCACAAUUAUUUAUAUAUAUAUUACCACAGAAUUAGAUUAUCGAAGUCCCUGAUAUUACCAAUACUUCUAAUUAUUUGUUUCAAUAUUACCAAAUGAAAAUGCCUCUUCACCUCAAUAACUUGCUAAAAAGAUUGUUUUUUUCAAAUGCCUCUUUGUUCACUAAAUGCGAAUCUCGCAUUCUAAUCUGGUAAGGUAAUUGCAUUCCUGGGUUCGGUCACACAUGCAGACAGAAUUUAGACUUUUCCUGGGUAUAUCUUGGAACCUUGUUAAUCUGGACACUGUUAAUCUUGAAAAUUCACCUUCCGGUCUUCAAGGAUUCAACAAUGUUUGUUUCAUUAUUCGGAAUUUUUAUAUUCUGAUAAAAAAAGUGUUCAGACUAGCAGUUUCCACUGUAUACAGGGAGGACUUCACCCUUUCACCCCUAUGUAACUUUAGUAGACUUGACCAUGCAUUGAUAUGGAUGAGUCCAUUAUUGCGUACAGUGGUGAAAGACGGCGAAUCUUUACACCACAUUUAUAGUCUCACACCUUAACCCUACUCGCGUGUUUCAUACGUUUAUAUGAUACCUUUAUUUUUCUAUAAGUCAUUUGUAUAUAUAUAAUAUAUAUUGUGAUUAUAAAUAUUAUGAUAACUUACUGCAUUAAUUAUGAUAUUAUAUAUUGUCAGAUUGUUCAUUGAAAAUAUUGCAAAAUUAAACACCAGGUGUAUUAUGAUA